AUGAACCUCAAUGACCUCAGUCUCGAGGCUGUUCCCAAAACGUUUUAUACCUUUGAGAAUAUUAACUGUCUCUUCCUGUCAAACAACGCCAUAAAAUGUUUGCCACCGGAAGUAAAACAUCUGAAAAACUUAGAAGUUUUGGUCAUGAAAAAUAAUCUCCUGACCAGUCUUCCAGUGGAGCUUUACAGUCUGUUUGACUUAGCAAUUUUGGACAUUUCCGAAAACACCAUUACAGAGUUUCCCCUGGAGUUAAGAAAACUGGAAAACCUUACGGAGCUCAUCGCCAAUGACAACCGAUUGACGGCCAUUCCGCACUCAAUCGGCGAAAUGACCAGCUUGAGGAUUCUGGGACUGAAUGAUAAUCGUCUGACGACUUUACCCGAUUCCGUCCAUAGACUGCCAAAUUUGGAAAUACUGGGCUUGGCAAGAAAUGACUUGGAAUUCCUGAGUCCCGAAAUUUGCAGAAUCCGGAGCCUGGUGCGAUUGGAUCUUUCUGGAAACAAAAUAACAAAUUUGCCCCGUGAACUGGAGAAUUUAGACAAACUUGAACAACUCUUACUGGACAACAAUGAGUUUGAAUUUAUCCCUGCUCAAAUUUAUUGGCUGGACAGUUUAGUCGAGUUAGGAGUUUCCGGAAACCGAAUAUCCAUGAUCCAACCGGAAAUUGGGCGGCUUUGCAAGUUGAAAGUGUUUGGAAUCAAUGACAAUGAACUUCGGGAAAUUCCGAAGGAAUUCUGUCAGUGUACGGAACUGGAAGUUGUGGGUUUUGAAAAUAACAGAAUUAAAAUGUUGCCGUCGAAUAUCGCUGAGCUGUAUCAGCUAAAAGAAUUGUACGUCGGAAAUAACGAAAUCGACGAGAUCACGGAGGACGUAUGCUGGUGUUCGGCAUUGACCGUGCUAAGCUUGAUCAAAAACCGAAUUUCCCAACUUCCGGUUGAAAUUGAGAACUUAAAGAAGCUACGAACGCUGCAUCUCAGUGAUAACGAAUUUGAUAGUGUUCCUCGCGCCAUUGGUACGUUGCACGAAUUGGAGAUCUUAGAUAUUGAUGGAAACCAUCUCCACGAGCUUCCGCCAGAGUUCGGUGACCUUGGCAAGGUCACUCACUUGAAUCUUAGCCGCAACAAGUUUCAGCUGUUCCCGUAUGCAGUCUGCAUGGUUAACACCUUAGAAGUGCUCCGAUUGGCAGAGAACAACAUUUCGAAUAUUCACAUGGACAUUUCGAGACUUGAAACCUUGAGGGUUUUGGAUGUGCGUCGGAACAAACUAGAAGGCUUAGUCAAAGAUUUACGCGGAUUGAAAUCGCUGGAGAUCGCAAAUUUCGCAGAAAAUCAGCUAUCUGAUAUUCCAGAAGACAUUUGCGAGCUUGAAACGUUGGUUGACUUGGAUAUUUCAAACAAUGCUUUCGUGGAUUUUCCGAAGACGGUUUUGUCCAUACCAAAUUUAGUAACACUGCGUUGUGAUCAAGAAAAGGGGUUGAAAAUCGCGUGCUUACCAGACGAAAUAGAAUUCUCGAGCGUAGAAACACUCAUUGUGUCUAACAACGCUCUUCAGACUUUACCGAACACGAUAAAUGGUAUGAAGAAUUUGACCUGCCUGGUGGCCCAUCACAAUCAGAUAGAAUUCCUUCCCAGCACGCUAUGCGAACUUGAAGAUUUGGAAGUCCUACAUUUAAACGACAACAAUUUAACAGUUCUACCGGAGAACUUUGAUCAGCUGGUGAAACUGAAGGAAUUGAGUCUUCAGAACAACCCACUGAGAACUCCACCAAUGGACGUGUGUGUCAGUGGAGUGCUUCAACCAAUUGGAAGAUUUAUUAGAAAAGCCGUAGAGAGAGAUGAACUUCUCCUAUCUCGGAUGUUUGACGUCAUCAAAGUGUCGCUCACGAAACACGAAUUACGAUACUUGAUGAAGAAGUGGGGAUUUCCCGGAGAAAAAAUGGCGGAACUGGAACAACAUUUCCAUGGCAACGCCAAACUGAAAGACCGCAUUUACCACGCGCUACUCUUCUGGAAAGAGUUCAAAGGAACCAUGGCAACUGCUGACGAACUCGUUCGAGUAUUUCAUUUAAUAGGCAACAGUAACCUCUCGAACAAAUUGCGCGCCAUGAAAAUAUAUUCGCAGGCAUUAAAACUUUAAAGCCGAGGCAGUUUUUCGAGAAGACACGAGU